AUGCAGGCACUAGUAAAGAACUAUCUUAAUGAACUUGAAACACUAAAAGUGGAUAUUAAUGCUUUGGACUGUAACAUUCGUUCUGAUAAAGAUUUUUUUAGGUAUAAGUAUGAUUUUGUACAUAUUUUUUCAAGCAUUGAUAAUGCCCUUUCUAAAAUCAGGGAGACUAAAAUGAAAAAAUUAAAGAGGGAUGCUAAUGCUUAUAGUACGAAUUUAGCAUAUCCCAUGCCCCCUGGUUUUACUGCUUCUAACAUGUUUAGGGACAUGAAUAAUGGUUCUGGUGCCUCUAAUAUUGAUUCUAACAACACUUGUGGUAACAAUGGGGUUAACAACGGUAGAGAGGAUGAAAGUUUCGAUGACGACACAGUAACUAUGACCCCAGUUGUAAGACGUAGUGACAGGUUAGCUAAUAAACAACCUAAUAACAGAGAGGCUAACAAUAAUAAUAACAAUAAUAAUAACACCAACAACUCAUAUAGAACACCAAUUCAGGGUUUUCAGGACAGGAAGAACAACAGAGGUUAUCAGAAUCAGGUACACCAACAACAACAUUGGAAAAAGAAGGGGCAGAACAAGAAGAAGAGGUGA